AUGGAUUCAAAACGUACAGGUGCAAUCAGACGUUGGUUUGAGCAAUUACUAAAGAUCAAGUUAGAUAUUGACCCAGUAGAUGGUUGGGCAUUGCUAUAUAAACGACACAUAUCCGUUAUCACUCAUCUACUUAUUACUGGUAAAUUCAAAAAAUGCGAGGAAAAGUCGAGCCAGGAUGCAUACACGAAAGCAUUUCAAGCACUAACAGACCAGAUGACAGAUGCUUCGUUUCUGGAGUAUCUGAAACCAGAUUUGGCUGCGAUGGGUGAUAAUUUUGAAGUGGCUAAAUUUUUAGUCGUUUUCUUGAAUGAAUUACGAAUAAGUUUGGAAGUGGUUUUCGAAGAAGAUUAUGGGCUAAGUGAAGAAGAAAAUAAGCAUAUUGGGGCGGUAUUGCAUUAUCUGGAAGAUCAUCAAAACUGGGAUCACUAUGAAUCUUGGCCUGCAGUGCUGUUCGAGAGCGGUGAAUCUACAGAUUUGAAAAGUUUUAUUACUCCCAAGAUCUGUCGUUCAAGUCAUUAUGGAAAAACGGAUAUAAGACGUAGUCCGCUUUCCGAAAUCGUCUCCUCUCCUCGUUCACGUGAAUUACGAAUAAUACGUGAAAAAGAUAGAAAAAUAAAGACUCUAAGUGAAAGAUGCAAAUUACUCGAGUACGAAAAAGAUGAUUUGGAAAGCUUGCUAAGAACUGCUAAUCAGGAAAUUAAAAAACUUGCAAAGAGCCUUAGCGAAAUAACUUGCGCUGUGAGUGAGAAAGAUGCACGUUGUCACACUCUUGGUACAGAAUUGGAUGAAUGGCGAAAUAAAGCGGCUACAGCUGAGGAAGAAUGUAAUCAACUAAAUCUACAAUUGAAGACUGCAAAACAAGAACUGCAUACUACUCAAAGACAGUUGCGUGAAGCUGAAUUUGACAUUUCAUCUAAACAAAGAACCGUUGAGAGUUGGGAAAAAAAUGCGACACUUGAGAAACAGUGGCGAUUAAAAAUGGAACGAGAACGAGAUGUGCUUUUGCAGGAGCUUGAAGUGGCACGAAUCUCGAAGGCAACCGCUGAAGAGCAGUUGCUACGCCUCACAACCAAUGGUGAAGCCGAAAUCGCAGAAUUGCGAAAUAUUAUCGAUGGAUUGCGAUCGGAUGUUAAGGAAGCGCGACGAGAAAAAGAUGAAGCAUUGAUCAAUCAAGACGAAAAACUGAGAAUCAAGGAGUCGGAGAUUGCGAAGUCUGCCAAUAUGAUUACAGAGAUGAAAAAGCAACUAAGUGUCACCCAACUUUCUGUCCGAAACAUCCGCAGUUUAGCUGUGCAGAUACGAAAGAUUUGUGGUGAAUUAGAAAACAGGCGGACCGAUAUUCAGGGUCUACGACUGCUGUUUACCGGUAUCCAGAACAGGUAUCAGGCUUUAGAGGAAGAGAACGCACAGAAUACAGCUAUGAUUGAUAGUCUACGAAACAAUGCUGCCAUUAGUGAAUGUCAGUCUCAGGCAUUAGCUGCAUCGUUUGAAGAGCAACGGAAGAAGCAUGUAGAAGCAAUGAUGGCAAAGCAAGAAAUUUUAAAUGAAAAACAACGAAUGUUGUUGGAAGCAUGGAAUCAAUUGAAUAGCAGUGUUGAGCUCAAUAUGCGUUUGCAGGACGAAUUGAUGCGACGAGAUUUUGCAUGUCACACUCUUGAGCAACGCCUUGCCUCAGCGGAAGAAAGAUGCUCAACAAUUUCUCAGCAUUUUUCAGUCAGUAACAGCACUUUGGAUAGUAAACCAGCUGAGGAAAUGCCCAAAAUAAAUUGUCACUUCUCGGAAGUAAUAGAUGUAUCAUCUGGUGCACUUCCUCAUGAUUUUCAUCCACUUCCGGAAGUUGAAGACGAAAAUGAUCUGUUAUCAUCAUCAUCCGUAAAUGGUGAUCCAUAUAUGCUAAAAGUGGAACCACAAUGUGGUAGAAUAGUCACAACGGAUGAACAAGAAGAAUUUAAUACUUCUGUGGAUAGUGAACGUUUGAUUGAAUUAAAAAGACGCAACAAAACAUUGCCACCGCAUAUGCGCUCAACUUACGCAACAGAAUUGACAUACACUGCAAAACGCUUCCCAUCUGAAAGACUGGAGGAUGAAAUCAAAAAUUCCAGGAAUUUUACACCAUAUCUGCAUAAAGAUUGUAAUGAUACAUCUAUUUUAAUAUCACCGGGCAAUUUAGCCAAAACUAAGUAUGUUUCACGUUCGUUACGCAGUGUGAAAAAACAUUUUGGCAAAAUAUUGCAAGAAGCGAAUACAUCGAAGACAAGUAUAGCUAGCAAAAGUCAAACUCCAUUAAAAUGGAAAAAUUGA